AUGCUUCUAUCAACAUUCCUUUCGGUGUCGACCUUGGCUGGCCUGGCGGCAGCCUCACCACCUUUUUUUCGAAGAAACCCACCACCCGCUGAGGCAGUUUGCGAGCCUGUCACCGAGACAGUGCACCUCCCUGCUGAGACAGUUCACGAGACGGAGACAGUUCAUCUACCUGCCGAGACGGUCCACGAGACAGAGACGGUACAUCUACCUGCUGAGACAGUUCAUGUGACCGUCACAGAACAUGCGGUAGUAACAGAGAUCCAACAGGCUACUGUGACAGAGGUUCAACAUGUAGAAGUCCCAGUCGAGCAUUUAGUUACCUCGGUCGUCGAGGUCGAGGUUGAGAAGCCUGUCACAGUGGUUGAGACUGUCCACCAGACCAUCGAACAACCCGUAACACUGAUCCACACUUCAGUCGUCGAAGUUGAGAAGGAGGUCAAAGUUACUGAGACUUCUGUUGUCCACCAAACAAUCGAGCAGCCUGUUACAGUCGUCCAUACAUCAGUGGUUGAGAUCGAGAAGGAGAUCGAGAAGCCUGUCACUGUUGUCGAGACUAUCCACCAGACCAUUGAACAACCCGUGACUCUCAUUCACACUUCGGUUGUUGAGGUCGAGAAGCAGGUCAUGGUUACCGAAACCUCAAUCGUUCACCAGACCAUCGAGCAGCCAGUCACUCUCAUCCACACCGCAGUCGUUGAGGUGGAAGUUGAUAGACCCGUCACAGUUAUCGAAACUUCUGUUCAUGAGGUUGAGAGGCCUGUCACCGUUAUCCACACAUCUGUCGUGGAGAACACUGUCGUGCAUACAUCGGUUGUCGAGGUGCCCGUCACACUGAUCCACACUCAAGUUGUUGAGGUGCCGGUCGAAAAGCCAGUUGAAGUACCUGUAACAGUGGUCCACACUCAAGUUGUCGAGGUUCCUGUCCAAGUCGUUCACACACAAACCGUCGAGCAGCCAGUCGAGGUUCCAGUUGAGGUCAUCCACACAGUUGAAGUCGAAAAGCCCGUUGAGGUUGUUCAUACUGUCGAGGUUGAGAAGCCCGUCCAUGUUACUGUCAUUCAUACAGUUACCGAGCAGGCUCCUGCCCAUCCUGUAGCACCUGCCCCUACACAACAUCCAGUUGUCGAACCACCAGCUGAGCACCCAGUCGCUGAGCCUCCUGCCGAGCACCCGGCUCAACCACCUGCUGAACACCCUGUGGUGGAGGUGCCAGCUACUAUCACGACAGCCAUUACACCAAUGCCACCUACUCAUGAGACUGCCAUUGCCGAGAUGCCAGUUGCUCCCGAGCAUCCUGUCGAAGAACCUGCGGCUCCUGAGCACCCCGUCGUCGAAGAACCCGCCGUUCCUGAGCAUCCUGUCGCUGAGGAGCCUGCGGCACCUGCGGCGCCCGAACACCCUGUUGCCGAAGAGCCAGCUGCGCCCGAACACCCAGUGACUGAAGAGCCAGCGGUACCUGAACAUCCCGUGGCUGAGGAACCUGCAGCGCCCCCCGCCAUGGCUCAGCAUCCUGGUGCUGAAGCACCAACUCACGAAGCACCAGCAGCCGAAGUCCCAGCUGCGGAGCACCCAACAGCACCAGAACAUACCGUCAUGGAAGAGCAUAGCGGUGAGAUGGCUAUCGGCGAGGCGAUGAAGCAUCCUCCAUCGUCCAAGUACUCAGCUGUGCCAGAGUUGGUCGCCGACGCGCCUCCUCACCCUGCAGCUAAUGACAUCCCAGUCCUUCUGCCUUCGGGUGGAGUUUCUGGAAAGAACGCGACAGUCGCACCGACAUAUCCUGGGCGAAGGGCGAUUGUUCGCAGGUGGUAG